UAACUCACAGUAAUGUAAUACUUAUUACAUUAUGUGCAGUUAUUACAAAAUGCCUUGUUUUUACAUGAGUUGCUACAAUUGUCCUGUAUGUGCAUGUCACACCUGACCUGAAACGGUUUAUCUCUUGAAUUCCAUUGUGAUGUUUCCAAGGAACAAAUAAUUAUUUUGGUCAGUCAGCCACCUUUCCAGUUCACCUCUAAAAGGUCAGUCUAACCAGAGCUCUACAUCAUCACAAGAAAAAACAAAACAAAAAGGGGUCAUGUGACGCAAUAUAUUGAUGCAAUGAAGCUGCUUAGUUAUUUUUGUACAAUGCAUAAAGGAAUAAUCUCCUUUUGGUUAUGAUCUUGGAUUGUGUGUUCUUUUGUACUUUCUGAGCAAGUUCAUUUGAGUAUAAUGGAACUUUGUAAGUAAAAUUUGCAUAAUUCCAAAACAUUCAUGUUAAUUUAUAUAGCAUAAUUCAUUCACUGUUCAUGCAUUCAAUAAUUUAUUCAUUCAUUCUUUCAUUUUUUUAUGAAAUAAAAGUCUAGCUGCAUACAGUCAUGAUAUAACCCACUGUAAACUAUCCCAAGAUUUUUUUAAAGCACCUUAUCAGCCCACGCCUGACGUUCACAUGACUGAAUUUCAAGCAAAAAUCACAAGAAAACUGACCUUUUUUGGGGAAACGAGCUUUGUCACAGAGAUCAGUCUUGGAUAUGCUGGUGUGAGGAAUAACCCUAUUUUUAAUAUUUUUUUAGUCAUAUGAUUUCAACAAAUAAGAAAAAAUACAACCUUAAAAACUUUUUUCAAUGGACGAUCUCUUUGAUCAGGUUUUGCCUACAUUAUGGGAACCAAAUGAUAGAAAUAUAGGAAUAUGAGGAAAUUAGGACUUAAUAAACAUACAAAUUAAUGAUUAAAUGUUUUAAUAUUCAAAAAAGUUUUGUGUGAUGGUUAGAUUUAGGGGUAGAGGACAUCAAAUAUCAUAAGCUCAGUAUUAUACACAAUAGAUGUCAAUUGGAAGUCCCUAUGUGUAGGUCUAUUAGUGUGCACCUUUUAAAUUAAUAGGUCUUUGCCACUGAAAAUUAUAGCCAUUUCACAACAACAAAGACAAACAAACACUAUUAGGUCGAAUUAUUAUUAUUACUAUUAUUAUUUUGAUUAUCAGGCUAUUGUUUUAAACUUUCUAAGAAUUUGACAUGUCUAAUAGGCUACAGCUUAUGGGGUCUAGCUUAUAUGAACACGUGAGGUCAUAUGCUCAGACGUUUGACGCUCAUUUGGGUCUUUACAUUAAGACGAGUAAAUCAUGAAUCAGUUUCCGCCGUUUGCAUGACUGUAACGUAUUAUUAAAUUACACCCCAUAAAAAGGGUGUGACGUGUAAAACAUAACGGAGCGCGUGCUCACACUAAAUACCGACGUGCUCAAUUGGACACAGCGAUAGUGAAGGGCUCCUAUAAAUGCCACACUGAGUGGGAGAAACUUAGACUGCAACUGAAUCUCAGCUCAGAGCAUCACGACGAUCACUCGCCUAUAGCCGAGAACCGGUUGCAAAUUUGAAAGAAUAGACAUCUGAUUUCAUUUACUACUAUAUUUUUCUUUUGAAUUAAAUAUUAAUAGUAAUAAUUUAUUCUCUUUUAAAUAGUAGCCUAAUUUAAAGUACAUUCAAUGGAAUACCAAAAGGCGGCAGAAUUGAACGGUUUAUGCAAUGGCAAAAUUGUCACAGAGUAUCUCUGCCGUAAUGGCUUUAGCGAGUUGACAGUCGACACGAAAAAAGUCGCUGUCCAGCACAAAAACGAAACAUCCCGGAAAGAGGCGGAGGAUGAGUCGCGGUUACCUGCUCUCGAGGCGGCAUACACAACCAUCCUGCGAGGUCUGGGAGAGAACACUGACCGGCAGGGUCUCCUCAAAACCCCUCUCCGUGCAGCUAAGGCAAUGCAGUUCCUGACCAAAGGCUACCACGAGACCAUCUACGAUGUACUAAAUGAUGCCAUAUUUGAUGAGGACCACGAGGAGCUAGUUAUUGUGAAAGAUAUUGACGUGUUUUCACUUUGUGAACAUCAUCUAGUACCAUUUUUUGGCAAGGUUCACAUAGGAUAUCUGCCAAGUAAAAAGGUUGUUGGCCUCAGUAAGCUUGCAAGGAUCGUUGAAAUCUACAGUCGCAGACUUCAAGUUCAAGAACGCCUAACAAAGCAAAUAGCAAUGGCAAUCUCUGAGGCCUUGCAGCCUGUCGGUGUGGCAGUCGUCAUUGAGGCAGCUCACAUGUGCAUGGUCAUGCGUGGAGUGCAGAAGAUGAACAGCCGUACUGUGACCAGCGCCAUGCUGGGUGUAUUCAGAGAGGACCCGAAGGCCCGAGAGGAGUUCCUCGCCCUGACAAAAAGUGCAUAGUGAUCACACUUACCUGUGCCAACUCCAUCAGUGUGUUUACAGUCAAACAGGUCAAUGAUUUUUCUCUACGUUUGAAACCCUCCAUGGUGCUAAGAGAAUCUCACUGAGCCCGAGCUGUAGAUCUGUCCACCAGCUGCUGAAGCACAGCUGUAUUGCCAACAGCUGAAACUCACUGUUUGCAUAUACUGAAAUAUAAAAUGUGAAUAUUGAAGGAUCAGUGUUACUACAUGAACUACUACUUUUGAGAAAAAGACCUGCCACUGAAUCAUUCACACAGUUGCCUUAAAACUGAUAGAAUUAGUAUUAUAUGUGUCAUUUCUAUUAUCUCACUUGUUAUUAACAAUUACUAAAUUAACAUAUUGCCUCAGAUACUUGUUUAACAUUAUUAAUUUUUGCAAAAUGAAGAUAUUAGAACUAAUUUGUAUAUAAAUUUUAAAAACAUUUUUUGUCAUAUACUCUGAUUAGAUAAUAUUCAAAGGAUUAUAAGCCAACAUGAUGAAUAAUUUAUACUUAUAUAAGUCAAUGAAAGGUUCUUUGUGAUAUAUCUGGGGAAUCAUUUGUAUGUGGUUAGAAAUAAUCAACAUUGCCACUGAGAUAUUGCUUUUUUUUUUUUUUACAUAAUAUAUAGGUCUGAAUUGUAUAAAACAAAACAAAACAUUUGUCAACUAUGCCAACUAAAACAUUAAAGCACCAUUUAUGGAAUGCAUUGGUCUGUUUUCUUAUGCAAAAGACUGAUUUCUGCAAGAUGUCACAAUUUUAUUUUGCAUUUUAUUUUGUAUUUACAGAGGCAAAAACAGUCUCACGUUGGUACAGGAGUCAAUUCUUAAUUUAUUUGAUCUUAAGGGAAUGAUAUUAUACA